UACUGUGUGCAAGUGUAAGAUUGGAAUUAGAGAUUGCUUUGAGGACGGUCAAUUUUUUCCUUCUCUUGUUGCUUCUGGGGAGCUGUGAUGUCUUCGCUGACUGUGAAACCCUCCUUCCUACCCCAGUUAUCUUCUGCUUCUACUUCGUCAACAAGUCUUGUGUCCUUCCGAACUCGUUCGGCGUCAUCGGUUAACUUUCCAAGGAACUUGAAGCAUAAAGGAAGAUUGUUUUUGAGAGUUCAGGCAUAUAAUUCCUCUGAAAAUGACGCUUCCAACAAUUCUGGCGAUUCCAAGCCCUCGAAUGGCGCUCUGUCAAAGAGCAGGAGAGAGAUCUUACUGGAGUACGUUAAGAAUGUGCAACCAGAAUUUAUGGAACUAUUUUUGAAAAGAGCACCCCAACAGGUGGUGGAUGCAAUGCGGCAAACAGUGACAAAUAUGAUCGGAACACUUCCCCCUCAAUUUUUUGCUGUAACAGUUACCACCGUGGCAGAGAAUCUUGCACAGCUCAUGUACAGCGUCAUGAUGACUGGGUAUAUGUUCAGCAAUGCCCAAUACCGUUUGGAGCUGCAAGAAGGCUUACAACAGGUUGCUCUUCCUGACGUAAAGGAUAGAAAGGAUAUGCCAGAUUAUGCACCUGGUACGCAGAAAAAUGUUUCAGGUGAAGUAAUUCGGUGGAACAAUGUUUCUGGUCCUGAGAGAAUAGAUGCUAAAAAGUACAUUGAAAUACUUGAAGCGGAAAUUGAGGAGUUGAAUCGUCAAGUUGGGAGACAAUCAAGCAACGCACAGAAUGAAUUGUUGGAAUAUUUAAAAUCUCUUGAGCCUCAUAAUUUGAAGGAGCUGACCAGCAGUGCUGGGGAGGACGUUAUCCUUGCAAUGAAUACAUUUAUAAAGCGCUUACUGGCUGUUUCAGAUCCUAGCCAAAUGAAGACUAGCGUGACUGAAGCGAGUGCGCCUGAACUUGCAAAACUGCUCUACUGGUUGAUGGUGGUGGGGUAUAGCAUCCGCAAUAUAGAAGUUCGUUAUGACAUGGAACGAGUUCUCGGUACUCCUCCAAAAGUGGCAGAAUUGCCGCCAGGUGAAAACAUUUAAGCAUCUUUACUCUUGAUGGAGCCAACCAACACAAAUCGUCGCUAAGCUGGAGCCCGAUGAAUGCCUUUUAGAUCUUGCACUUAUAAGUUGUCGCCGAAGGCUCAGGUUAUGGAGGGAAAUGCUAUAAUUUUUCUGGAGUCCUAAAUUGGCCAUCUAAUUUUAUUCGGAGAUGUGUCAUCCUUAGAAUUCUGUAUUUGAUAGUCCAGAGGUUUUGCACAGAAAUUUAAGUCGUGUUCAAGUAAUUAUUGGUUAUCCAGAAUUUUUUGUGAGCAAUCAAAUAUUUAUCAGACUCUUGUUAAAGAUGCUCAAAAGUAUUGUCGUGAACCAAAUAUUUGUCACGAGGGAUUUAUGUGCAUACGGAAGACAGCCAUCCACUAAAGAUAGCCGGAUCGUUUCCAAUAUCAUUACUACCAUUUGUAAUUGCUAUCAGUUUCAGUA